UCAAAUCCCCCUUCCCUCCUUUGUAGUUAAUACAUUAUACUACCUUCGUGCACUUAUUUACGGUCUUCGUGGCUCAUAUAAAUAAUAAAAAAUCAUGUAUCGAAAUAAAUAGUUAACCAACCAAGCCAAAUAUAACAGAAUCAUCCGAUAUCCCCUACAUCACAUCAUCCCACAACUAUAUAUCCAACACUACUCUAUCUAAAUUCUAGCCAUCCUCUAAAAUUCCAAAAAAAAAAAAAAAAAAAAUAUUAUAUAUAUAAAAAUAAAAUAAAAUAACAAGUUGUGUCACACUAUAUAUACAAGUACACCCACGAUCAUAAACCAUAAUCCUCCACUCACAAGUCACAAACCUUAAAACUACCCUUACUCAAAAGUAACAUAUCCUUUCAUUAUAUACCACUUCCUUUAAUAAAAUGGAAGUUACGUUUAUUUUCUUUCUCCUCUUUCUAGGAAGGGUUUUUAUUUCGGACGUAGAGGCUCGGGGUCCAUUUGCAUGUAACCCGAAACAUGCUGGAUUCCGAGCCUUCCCAUUUUGUAAGACUACAUUACCCGUGGGGGAUCGUGUCCGAGACCUCAUCGGACGGCUAACAUUGCAAGAGAAGGUGAAGUUAUUAGUGGACAAUGCCGCCGCCGUUCCGAGGCUCGGAAUCCAAGACUAUGAGUGGUGGUCAGAGGCGUUACAUGGGGUUUCAAAUGUAGGGCCAGGGACUAAAUUUGGAGGGAAGUUUCCUACAGCCACUAGCUUCCCACAAGUUAUUACAACUGCUGCCUCUUUUAAUGCUUCAUUGUGGGAGGAGAUUGGACGGGUGGUGUCAGAUGAAGCAAGAGCAAUGUACAAUGGAGGGAUGGCAGGACUUACAUAUUGGAGCCCUAAUGUUAACAUUUUGAGGGACCCACGAUGGGGUCGUGGACAAGAGACUCCCGGUGAAGAUCCUGUACUUGCCGGUAAAUAUGCUGCUAGCUACGUUAGAGGCUUACAAGGUACAGACGGUGACCGGUUAAAGGUUGCUGCUUGUUGUAAACAUUAUACAGCUUAUGACCUUGAUAAUUGGGGUGGAGUUGAUCGCUUUCAUUUCAAUGCACAGGUUAGCAAGCAAGACAUAGUGGACACAUUUGAUGUGCCAUUUAGAGAAUGUGUAAUGGAAGGCAAAGUUGCUAGUGUCAUGUGCUCCUACAAUCAAGUUAAUGGCAUCCCUACUUGUGCUGAUCCUAAACUCCUUCGUAACACUAUUAGAGGAGAUUGGCGUCUUAAUGGAUAUAUAGUUUCGGAUUGCGACUCUGUUGGAGUUUUCUACAAGAACCAACAUUAUACCUCAACUCCUGAAGAAGCUGCUGCUGAUGCUAUUAAAGCAGGACUGGAUUUGGAUUGUGGGCCGUUCCUCGGCACCCACACAGAAGACGCCAUAAAGAGGGGCCUACUAAGUGAAAUUGAUGUAAACAAUGCCUUAACAAAUACACUUACUGUACAAAUGAGGCUAGGGAUGUUUGAUGGUCCACCAUCAGCCCAACCAUAUGGCCACCUUGGCCCAGCCGAUGUAUGUUCUCCAGCCCACCAAGAGUUGGCCCUUGAAGCCGCACGACAAGGCAUUGUCUUGCUUAAGAAUCACGGCCCAACUCUUCCUCUAUCCCAUAUCCGCCAUCGAAGUGUUGCAGUUAUUGGGCCCAAUUCCGAUGUCACCGUAACAAUGAUAGGCAAUUAUGCUGGUAUUGCAUGUGGGUAUACAACCCCCCUUCAAGGAAUUGGUAAAUAUGCCAAAACAAUUCACCAACAAGGCUGUGCAGAUGUGGGCUGCAUAGAUGACCGGCUAUUUGGGCCCGCAAUCAACGCAGCAACCCAAGCAGAUGCAACAGUGCUCAUAAUGGGCCUUGAUCAGUCCAUUGAGGCAGAGUUUAGGGACAGAGCUGGGCUACUCUUACCGGGCCGACAGCAGGAGCUUGUGUCCAAGGUUGCAGCAGCUUCAAGAGGGCCCAUAGUUUUGGUCUUGAUGAGUGGUGGGCCUGUGGAUGUGUCCUUUGCUAAGAAUGAUCCAAAGAUAUCUGCCAUAUUAUGGGCCGGGUACCCGGGUCAGGCUGGUGGGCAAGCCAUAGCAGAUGUUCUAUUUGGUACAACUAAUCCAGGUGGCAAAUUACCAAUGACAUGGUACCCUCAAGAAUACCUCAACAAGCUCCCUAUGACCAAUAUGGGGAUGCGUUCCGGACCUGGUUACCCUGGGCGAACCUACCGAUUUUAUCAAGGUCCUGUGGUCUAUCCCUUUGGACAUGGGUUGAGCUACACCCAUUUUACUCACACAAUAGCGGACGCCCCAAUGGAGGUCAUGGUUCCAUUGGACGGCCAUCGAAGGUCUAAUGCCAGUGCCUCUGGCAAAGCUAUCCGUGUGACUCAUGCAAGGUGUGGCCAACUCUCCUUGAUGGUACAUGUAGAUGUCAAGAAUGAAGGGUCCAAAGAUGGAGCCCACACCCUCCUUGUCUUCUCUAGGCCACCGGCAGGAAAAUGGGCCCCACAGAAGCAACUCGUUGCGUUCGAGAGGGUCCAUCUACCCGCGGGUUCCCAGCAAAGGGUGAGAGUCCACAUCCAUGUGUGCAAGUACUUGAGUGUGGUGGAUAAAUCAGGCAUCAGGAGAAUUCCAUUGGGUGACCACCAUAUCCACAUUGGUAAUGCUAGGCAUUCCAUCUCAGUCAAACCACAAACUCUAGGAGUCAUAAAAACCUAAUAUUCCAUUACUUUUGUUUAUCAUUAUGGUUUGGAAAUUACUUCUCCUCAUGCUCUCCAACAAUGGCGAUCAUGUCCGGCUCGAAGAGCAAGAUCUCGUUAGAAGUGGCCAUAAAUAUGGCUAGGUCAUCAAUUUGAUGGCUGUAUAGGUGUCUAUUCUUUAGCUUCAUGCAACAAAAGGUCUGUUGCGUUUGCAAUUUGAAGCAUGCUUCUUCAAGAUUACUACUAGUAUAUAUACUUCAAAAUUGUAUUCAACAGCAUUAGUACAUGUAUGCAAUUGUAGUCAGAAUAUUGUAUGUCUACAUCAAAUAUAUGAAUUGAAUGACUUGUUUA